AUGGCGACCUCGACCGAGGUCACCGACGACGCCGCCCCCCUUUGCAAGCGCUAUGCGUUGGGCGAAGACAAGACGUUCAAUAGCUUGUUCUUUGAGGAAAAGGACGCGUUGCUGACGUUGCUCAACAACUUUGACCUGAAACGAGGCAAGUUUGGCAUUCCCGGGUUUCCGUACAAGUUGGGUCUGUUGCUGCACGGCCCCCCGGGCACGGGCAAAACCAGCCUCAUCAAAGCCAUCGCCCAGCACACCAAGCGCCACAUCGUCAACAUUUCACUGAGUAAGAUCAAGACCAACCAGGAACUGAUGGACAUGAUGUGCGACCUCAAGUUUGCCGUCCAAGGCGAAGAUUUGCCGGUGAAGCUCGGGUACGAACAGGUCGUGUUUGUGAUGGAGGACAUCGAUUGUGCGUCCAACGUGGUGCACGCUCGAACUACCAGUCACGACAACAAAACUACAGACACAGCAACCAACGACAUCCAAGCGCUGGAUGACGCGGCGCUCACCAAAGCACUGGCAGACAUGAUCAAGAGCAGCCCCUCGAACAGUUCAAAGUUCGAAGCCAAGGACAAACUCAACCUGUCGGGGCUACUGAAUGUGCUGGACGGGGUCGUGGACAGUCCCGGGCGCAUCCUCAUCAUGACCACCAACCACCCCGAGAAACUCGACCCCGCCCUCGUCCGCCCUGGUCGCGUCAACAAGAAGCUGCUUUUGGGCCACAUGACGCCUCGGCAAGCCCAGUUGAUGAUGGAGCAUUAUUUCUCGACCACGCUGGAUGCCAAACAACGGAUGGCCGUCGACGAAGUGUUUGCGACAAAAGCCACGACCGUGUCCCCCGCCCAGGUGGAACAACUUUGUGCCGAAUACGACGAGGUCUCCGACAUGCUAGUAGGCUUGAUGGACCUCUAGUUUUCCUUAUCAUUCAAAUAUAUUUAUUUAUACAUAUAUGUAG